AUGGCUGUCGCUAUAAACGAUGACGCACUGUUCACGAGCGCCAUAUCUUCAUACCGCGAGGCUUUUUUGGUUCAACAUUCCAAUCUACCGGAAUCAGAACGAAAUCGACUCUGGAUUCAGCAGUUAAGUCCGUUCAUCCCGGCCUCCAACGACCGGGAUACCAACUGGCUGCCCGCUGGGAACCUGGGGAAACGGACUCGACCGGACGCGACCCCGCGGACGUUGCCAAAUCCUGAUUCGGGUCUCCCACGGGCAAAACGGAGAGCCACCACCCCGGAACUUGCAGUUGACCUAAACCGCGACCUCUCUCAUGCGUCCUCCCCCGACCUGCCCCGGAACGGUGCAUCCUUAUCGGUACAAGGAUCCUACCGACACACGGCCAUGGUGCGGUCUCAGAGCCAACAGAUUCCGGUUUCUCAUCGGCCCCAGCCAGUCGGUGCAGUCAUGGGAAAACGCCAAUCCUUCGGCCCGGCACGGAUCCAAUAUCGCCUCGACCAUGUCGACGAAUAUUCGCCAUCCGAGUACACGAGGUAUUUAGACACCUGUCCCAGCCAACCCUUUAACUCGGCCUUGACGUUCGGACUCGCGAAUCAUGGAGAAACCGGAUCAUCCUUCCCCCAGUACCCUGACCGGAGCUCCCCCUGGACCGACCAGGCCCCAACAGCUGCGCCGGAGAUGUCACGCAGCACAACUACCGACUCCUUGGUUGGCGGGAUGAACAUGUUCCGCUUCGACUCGACUGGACCAUCCCAAUAUCAAGAUCCGAUCGGUUCUGUCCCGCCAGAGUGGGUGCCAACAUCCACCUCCGGCUUGCCAUGUCAUAACUCCUUUCUCUCCCCCGUGUAUCCUGACCUAGAUCCCACGAUGUCUGCCCCCUUCUCAUAUUCCUCCUUCUCAGCCUCCGCUCCCCCAACCACCAACUUCCACUAUCCAAUGCCCCAAUCCUUCCUUCCCUUCGAUGCAGUGGACAUGAAACUAUCCGACUCAACCGAGAGCAAUCUAUCAGCAGCAAUGCGCUCCCGCGCCGCACGCCGCACUCAAGAGCAAAUCGCCCACGGCGCGCGCCCCAUCGCUCCGAAACUGGAGUGCCACGAGAGCGGCAUUGCCCAAAUCAAUUCGCACAAGAUGGUUCGCAUCUCCUCAUCAGAUGGCACCACUAAAGAAGUCGCUGCCAUCCCCAAAGCCUCUGUGCGGCGACCACCACGACCAAAGACAUACUGUGACCUCUGCACAGACCAUCCGGACGGUUUCCACGGCGAGCACGAGCUGCGUCGCCAUAUCGAGCGCGUGCACUCUUCUGUUCGCACGGUCUGGGUUUGCAAGGAUAUCUCGCCUGGCAAAUAUUUCCUCGCAAAUUGCAAGGCUUGUCGCAAUGGCAAGCGCUAUGGCGCCAAUUAUAACGCUGCGGCACAUCUACGCCGCACGCAUUUCAACCCCUGCGAGCGUGGUCGUGGCGGUCGUGGGAAGGAUAGCGAGAAACGCGGCGGGAAGGGCGGCGGUAAUCAGCCAGCUAUGGAUGUCUUGAAACAUUGGAUGAUGGCCACCGAGGAGGUGACUGACCAAGCAACGGGUAACGUCAAAUCCAAGGUUCUCGUUCGGAAUGGCUCUAGCAGUGUUCCAACCGUGGAACCUGGGUUUGAGCUCGCUGUCGCUGCCUGUGGUCUCGUUGAGGAUCAACCUCCCUACAUUGUGCAGUCAGCCAUGCUGAAGGAGUCUGAUCAAUUCCCUGAGUUUCCUGAUGCGCCGUUCGAGUUUGAUUUUGAGUGGGACGGUGAUCUCGUCCCCGGAGGCGAGCUAUCCCUAGGUUCCUCGUUGUCUGACUCACAGUCAUCCUGCAUGGCUGACAUCGAUUCGUAUGUCAAAUGA